AUGAAUUGUACCACGAACGUAGUGCAAGUGACGAACGUGUCGCCAAGCACAACAUCCGAGCAGAUGCGAAUGCUGUUCGGGUUUCUUGGAACCAUUGAAGAACUCAAAUUGUUUCCACCAGAGUAAGUAACUCAUAUUUGUUAUUUGUUGAACAGUUGUCGCAAAUUAGACAUCGUUAUUGUUUAUUUGACCAUUCAUUUCCUACCAAUUUGUGAUUUAGUUGAUUUCAAUGUAGUUAGUAGUAUUAUUAACUUUAAUUUAGCUAACGCUUGCUAACGUUAGCAUCGGAGGCCCCAGCUGGCCAUCCCCAAAACCUUAGACGAAACAUUAGCUAGGUAGCAUAAUAUGUUGCUUAGUUAACUACUUCAGGGAUGUUUUGUUGGAUACAGUCUACUACUAUGUUGUUGCUAUCUAACUAACUUACAAACUAACUUAUUGCAGUGAAUCGCCUCUGCCAGUUACGUCGCGUGUGUGUUUUGUGAAGUUCCAAGAGUCCGAGUCCGUGGGGGUGUCUCAGCAUCUGACCAACACAGUCUUCGUGGACAGAGCGCUGAUCGUCGUCCCUUUUGCCGAAGGUUGGUGCUUUGUUCUCCCCUCUUCUGUAUGAAUGAUCCUUGAUUGUAUGACGAAGUUAUGGGAGUGUGACGCACCCAUUGAUUUCAGGAUGGAGUUCUAUGAUCAUGUGGUUUGAGAUACUAUUUAAGCAUGUGCCCUAGCUAUUUCAGAUCCUAGUAUCCAUUCUCGAUCUGACAAGCCUAUCUGAUUCUGUGAUAAAUGAUGCCAUGCCACUCUGCCAGUGUCUUGUCUUGUACAAUCCCCUAGAGAUGUCUAUAUCAGAUCUCUCAACCCAGACCCUUGGUAUACUGUGGAAUUAAAUACCAUUUACAUUUUACAUUUUAGUCAUUUAGCAGACGCUCUUAUCCAGAGCGACUUACAGUUAGUGAAUACAUAUAUAUAUUUUUUUAUACUGGCCCCCCGUGGGAAUCGAACCCACAACCCUGGCGUUGCAAACGCCAUGCUCUAUCAACUGAGCUACAUCCCUGCCGGCCAUUCCCAAAGCUACUGCCACACUGUAAGGUCAUAAUGCCACCCAUGCAUGAUGCAUUGGAGUUGAUAGACACUAAACAACACAGACAACUUUGAGUCUGAAGUGGUCCCCCCCCCCCCCCGCUUCACCAGUAAGCACAGUGUACCAAGAUCUGCUAAAGGGACCGGCACGUGCUUCGACUGAGGGAGCUGAUCAAGCUCAGACCAUGCACGAGCAGACAAAAAGAAAGCAGAGAGGAACUGACAUGUAUAUGAAAACUUAACCAUGCUUUUUAUUUUCUCCCCCAUAUUGGACUAUCCUCUAUUAAACUUGUCUCUGUUAUUUGUGUGUGUGAUUUGUUGUAGUGGAGAAGGCAAAAGCAGAGCCCCCUCCUUGAUGGCUGAAAGUGGUCCUCUGCCUGCCAACAGGGGAUUGUAGACAAUUACAAAAGGCCAGCAAGCGUUCAAGCAGCCCCCCCAACCCCUUCUCUUUCUCUUUUUUCUGUGUCGUUUCUUUCUUUCUCUCUCAUUUUCUAUUCUCUAUGUAUUUGAGUUUAAGUGGAUUGCAGUAGUUUAGAUAUUACCAUAAGGCAUAUCACAUGUAUAACACGUUAUUUGACUACUCACAAGUCUAUUUAUCAAAAUAGGUAUUUUAAUAAUCUGACCUGUGUAACAUCCAAUCUGGUUUUCUCAUUGGAUCCAAAUGGUAAGAAAAAAAACAUAGCAGAGUCACUGAACAGUGAACAAUGCACAUAUGUCUCAAUGACACAGCUAUUGCUACACCUGCAUUUCAUACUUUUUUCACCUUUAGCGUUAAGGCACUUCCUGGUUUUGGGAGUUGGGUGAACCCUUGUCACAAUAUACUAUCCAAUUUUAAUUUAGCUAAAAAUUAGAUGCACUCACUCAACAUUCGCUGUCCCUCAAAUUGGCAGAUUCAAAUAGCUAGGCUGUGUUUUCUAUGUUGACCAGUGAUACUGUACUUUAAGGUUGCUGACUAUCUAGUUGUCAUUAAUUGUUUUAGAUAUCCACCCACAUGUCAAUGGCAAUUGGUUCAGUGCUCUCUCUUUAACAGUGGUCUUUCUUUUUUGUUGUUGUGUUUUACAGUUCUUUUUCCUGGCUCAGCCAGUCCUGUAAACCAGGCCCCGCUGAAAAUACCACCCAACCGUUUUGUCUCCUGCAGCUAAAUUCUCUCUCCUAUGUGCCCUUUUAAAAUGUUUUUUUUUGUAUGUGUGUCUGUCUGGGUGUGUGUAUGUUUGUGCGUCUUCUGUAAAAAAGACAAUUGUUUCUUUUUUUCAUUGCAUCUUGAUUAAGAUAUUUGUAUGUUUCCUUUUUUAGGUAGCAAUGGCAACAUUGAGAAUUGAAACCAUUACAUUGUUUGCCCUAUAUUAGUCAAACAGACAUUAAAAAAACAACAAGCUAAUCUAAUGUUGCCAAGUUGAUUAUUAAACUAAAUCAAAAAGCAUUGGUAAAUUUUUUGCAGAUUUGAUGCGGUGACAAGUAAGGUUCUUGGGAGCGUAGAUAUCACCUACCUAGAAUUUGAUUGCUAGCUAGUUUAUUAUUUUCUACGUGUUGCUGGUAAGUAGUAGAAACUGUGACUGUACAGUAUUUACUGUUGACCUCCGACUCUAUGAAAUUAUUUUUGUUUUGUGUAUCUCGAUUUUUUUUUUUCUCUGUGUGCUCCUUAGUAGUGAAGCCGCCAACGUGAGUCGCUUGUUCAAUCUAUAUGAAAAUUGAGAGCACACCCCACUGGAGAAGCCGCUGUGCUAGCUAACGUUUGGUUCAUGACUUAAAAUACACGUUCAGGUGAUACAAUCUUGGCAGUGUUCACUGGAGUAGUGUGUAUUGUGAUAUACUUUUUUCUCCAACCUUAGUUAUUCUUCUAUCUACAAUGAUUAAAAGAAUAAAGGGAACAAACCUUCUCAAAUCUAGCAGCUAUCAAAGGUAACAGUAUUGAAACCUGUACAAAUGUUUGUUUGAAGUAUACUUGAGCAAGUCAUCUUUUUGUUUUUCAAAAUGUCUCUCCUCUUUAGUAGAUUCUAGACGUAGACGUUCUCUUCUUCCCCUAAUGCCUUUUUUGUUUUUCUGUAGGCGUUAUCCCAGAGGAGGCUAAAGCUUUGUCACUGCUGGCGCCAGCAAAUGCUGUUGCAGGGAUUAUGUCCGGAGGAGGUCUCCUUCCAACACCUAACCCCAUGUCCAAUCCACAGGUAGGACUUCUCCCAACACCAAACCCCAUGUCCUAUACACAGGUAGGUCCUCAGCAUAGAUAUACAAUAUUUUAUUGUUACAUUUAAUUCUGUGGUCCUUCAUUGUCUUACGUCAGAUAGCGCAACAAUUCUGCCUGCACUGAUCUGUCUCGUAUCUUGCAAUGGGUAUGGGAUAGAUCAAAAGUAGUUUGGCUACAAUGUGCUGUCUAACAUUUGAAAAUAUUACCUAGGUAACAUAGUCUGCUGAAUCACAUUUCUGCCUCAAAACUGUCUGUUUUAAUCUACGCUAAAACAAUACAUCGGUCAAUAAUGUUGAAGUUUCUUUGGUGAGGAAGUUCUAGUCACUCCAUUUUACAUUUAGCUAUGGAUUUUUGUGCUUCAAUGAGUGGUGUUCCUGAAGUUUGACAAUGGGCACAAAAGCUAGCAUAAAUUUGACCGAUAUUACUGAAGUCACUGAAACGAUGCUGCUAACCAGCAAGCUACCUACUUAGUCCUGCAUACACAAUGUUGAAUGCUUCAAACAAAAGCUAGCUUGCAAACAACUUUAGUAGUGCUAAUUUUAACAUCAUUUAAAAAUGUUGUGACCAAAUUUGUAUUUAUUUUGUCUAUUUUUUCGGUGGGGGGUAGUGGGGUUUACAGAUACUAACAUUAUUAUGAGUUUUCAUGAAGCAGCUGUUCUGCCGCGAGUCAUUGCAGUAGCCUCCCGAGGCAGCUGCUGUAAUCAGCUGAGCCAAUUAUACAAGUUACACAUUAGAGAUUGCUGAGAAAUAUGCUGAUUUACGGACUGAUUUCUGAUAACGGUUCCUCCUAAUUUUGAGGCUGCAUGUCUACAACUUCAGGGCAAUUUAACCAGAAUAAGCAAGCUUUUAAUGUCAGUAAAGGUAGAGCUAGCUAGCUAUGUCAGUAAGCUAGCUACAACAGUUACAGUUGGGAGAACACGUAUUUGAUACACUGCCGAUUUUGCAGGUUUUCCUACUUACAAAGCAUGUAGAGGUCUGUAAUUUUUAUCAUAGGUACACUUCAACUGUGAGAGACGGAAUCUAAAACAAAAAUCCAGAAAAUCACAUUGUAUGAUUUUUAAGUAAUUAAUUUGCAUUUUAUUGCAUGACAAGUAUUUGAUCACCUACCAACCAGUAAGAAUUCCGGCUCUCACAGACCUGUUAGUUUUUCUUUAAGAAGCCCUCCUGUUCUCCACUCAUUACCUGUAUUAACUGCACCUGUUUGAACUCGUUACCUGUAUAAAAGACACCUGUCCACACACUCAAUCAAACAGACUCCAACCUCUCCACAAUGGCCAAGACCAGAGAGCUGUGUAAGGACAUCAGGGAUAAAAUUGUAGACCUGCACAAGGCUGGGAUGGGCUACAGGACAAUAGGCAAGCAGCUUGGUGAGAAGGCAACAACUGUUGGCGCAAUUAUUAGAAAAUGGAAGAAGUUCAAGAUGACGGUCAAUCACCCUCGGUCUGGGGCUCCAUGCAGGAUCUCACCUCGUGGGGCAUCAAUGAUCAUGAGGAAGGUGAGGGAUCAGCCCAGAACUACACAGCAGGACCUGGUCAAUGACCUGAAGAGAGCUGGGACCACAGUCUCAAAGAAAACCAUUAGUAACACACUACGCCGUCAUGGAUUAAAAUCCUGCAGCGCACGCAAGGUCCCCCUGCUCAAGCCAGCGCAUGUCCAGGCCCGUCUGAAGUUUGCCAAUGACCAUCUGGAUGAUCCAGAGGAGGAAUGGGAGAAGGUCAUGUGGUCUGAUGAGACAAAAAUAGUGCUUUUUGGUCUAAACUCCACUCGCCGUGUUUGGAGGAAGAGUACAACCCCAAGAACACCAUCCCAACCGUGAAGCAUGGAGGUGGAAACGUCAUUCUUUGGGGAUGCUUUUCUGCAAAGGGGACAGGACGACUGCACCAUAUUGAGGGGAGGAUGGAUGGGGCCAAGUAUUGCGAGAUCUUGGCCAACAACCUCCUUCCCUCAGUAAGAGCAUUGAAGAUGGGUCGUGGCUGGGUCUUCCAGCAUGACAACGACCCGAAACACACAGCCAGGGCAACUAAGGAGUGGCUCCGUAAAUAGCAUCUCAAGGUCCUGGAGUGGCCUAGCCAGUCUCCAGACCUGAACCCAAUAGAAAAUCUUUGGAGGGAGCUGAAAGUCCGUAUUGCCCAGCGACAGCCCCGAAACCUGAAGAAUCUGGAGAAGGUCUGUAUGGAGGAGUGGGCCAAAAUCCCUGCUGCAGUGUGUGCAAACCUGGUCAAGACCUACAGGAAACGUAUGAUCUCUGUAAUUGCAAACAAAUGUUUCUGUACCAAAUAUUAAGUUCUGCUUUUCUGAUGUAUGAAAUACUUAUGUCAUGCAAUAAAAUGCAAAUUAAUUACUUAAUCAUACAAUGUGAUUUUCUGGAUUAAAAAUUACAGACCUCUACAUGCUUUGUAAGUAGGAAAACCUGCAAAAUCGGCAGUGUAUCAAAUACUUGUUCUCCCAACUGUAGCUAAGCUGCUGAUCAAUUCACUGCACUGGCGACCAACGUCCUUGCACAUUAUUUGUGCACGAGAUAGCCACAGUUUUAUUUAUUUUCUCACAAUUGCAAACCAAUAAAUUACUGUCACAACAUUUAAAAAACAAUUUAGGUAGUUAUUCUGCCUAUUUCAUGGAUACAAGAGCGCAGUGAUAUAAACAAUUAGGAACUAUGUUUUUAUUGUUGAAUGGUGGAUGCUCUGUAAUAUUCAUAUUUACAUAUGAGUUCCACUACCUACAAGACAGAUUGUUUAAGGGACGAGCGUUGCGUUGGAUUGACGCCAUCUGACAUAAGACAAUGUUGGUUCUUAGGUUAAUGAAAUGAAACAUCCGUCUUAAUGCCCUGAUAAUAGUCGGCUCUCACAUGAACACAGGCAUAUACAUGACCACGGGUAUAUAUAGGUAUAUAUUUUUAACGUGUACAUCAGGGUUCCCCAACUGGCGGCCCGCCGGCCGAAUUUGGCCCAUGGUUCGUUUUAUUUGUCUCCCCAAGUUUUCUGAGCAAAAUAAAUUAGUUUUUAUUUUACAUUUUUGUUGUUGGCCAUAAGACUGUAAAAACAUCAGGAAAUCAGCUCCAAUUGAUUUUAAUUUUGGAAAUCUGUUCCCAAGUAUUCCCAUGCAUAAUAAAGAGAUGUGACCAUCCGCUCAAGAAAAAUGUAGUUGAUGAUCCCUGGUGUACAUGAUACUGCAACAAAUUUUCCCCACGGGGACAAUGGUCUGUAAAAUAGAGUAAUAGACAAUGAAAGGGUUAAUGAUGUGUCGCUUUUUAGAUGGGAGGCAAUCCUUUCGGUGGUCCCACCAUGGAUGCGAUGGCAGCGUUCGGGUUUUCAAACCCCAAUAUGAAUAUGAAUAUGAAUCCCCAGGUGAGUGUUUGCUUGCAACCUGGAGAUACACUAUAUGCCAAAAGUAUGUGGACACCUGCUCGUCGAACAUCUCAUUCCAAGAUCAUGUGCAUUAAUAUGGGGUUGGUCCCCCCUUUGCUGCUGUAACAGCCUCCACUCUUCUGGGAAGGCUUUCCACUAGAUGUUGGAACAUUGCUGUGGGGACUUGCUUCCAUUCAGCCGCAAGAGCAUUAUUGAGGUCGGGCACUGAUGUUGGGCGAUUAGGCCUGGCUCGCAGUCGGCGUUCCAAUUAAUCCCAAAGGUGUUUGAAGGGGUUGAGGUCAGGGCUCUGUGCAGGCCAGUCAAGUUCUUCCACACCAGUCUCAACAAACCAUUUCUGUAUGGACCUCACUUUGUGCACGGGGGCAUUGCCAUGCUGAAACAGGAAAGGGCCUUCCCCAAACUGUUGCCACAAAGUUGGAAGCACAGACUCGUCUACAUUGUCAUUGUAUGCUGUAGCGUUAAGAUUUCCCUUCACUGGAACUAAGGGACCUAGCCCGAAUCAUAAAAAACGACACCAGACUAUUAUUCCUCGUCCACCAAACAUUGCAGUUGGCACUAUGCAUUCGGGCAGGUAGCGUUCUCCUGGCAUCCGCCAAACUCAGAUUCGUCUGUCGGACUGCCAGAUGGUGAAGCGUGAUUCAUCACUCCAGCGAACGCGUUUCCACUGCUCCAGAGUCCAAUGGCUGCAAGAUUUACACCACUCCAACCGAUGCUUGGCAUUGCGCAUGGUGAUUUUAGGCUUGUGUGCGGCUGCUCGGCCAUGGAAACACAUUUCAUGAAGCUCCCGGCGAACAGUUAUUGUGCUGACGUUGCUUCCAGAGGCAAUUUGGAACUUGGUAGUGAGUGUUGCAACCGAGGACAGACGAUUUUUACGCGCUACAAGCUUCAGCACUCAGUGGUCCCAUUCUGUGAACUUGUGUGGCCUACCACUUCGUGGCUGAGCCGUUGUUGCUCCUAGACGUUUCCACUUCACAAUAACAGCACUUACAGUUGACCGGGGCAGCUCUAGCAGGGCAGAAAUGUGUUGUAGGUGGCAUCCUAUGACGGUGCCACGUUGAAAGGAACUGAGCUCUUCAGAAAGGCCAUUCUACUGCCAAUGUUUGUCUAUGGAAAUUGCAUGGCUGUGUGCUCGAUGUUAUACACCUUUUCAGCAACGGUUGUGGCUGAAAUAGCCAAAUCCACUAAUAUGAAGGGGUGUCCAUAUACUUUUGUAUAUCUAGUGUAGUUCUGUGUGCACACACAAAUGCUGGUGUUAAAGGGAAAUGUUGAAAUUGUAUUAUAUUUCUAACUUGUAUAUUAUAUAUUUUACACUUCUUCCCCAGUCUUUUCCCACUGAGCAGCUUCUGAAGUUUAUGACUCAGGUGGAUCCAAAGUAA